AUGGCUGACACCCUGGCGAUGCGGCCGAUGAUGGCCGGUGACCGAGCACAGAGCGAACCGCCCCCGCCCCACCCGCCCCCGACCUACCUCUGGGAGGAGAUCCGCCGCAGUAGAGAAAGGGGCCAUUAUCCGUGGACCCACCUCUUCAAGGCACCCUACAGUGAGGACCAGUGGCUCAAGGAACAAAAUAGUGACAUCACUAGAUCACUACAUUUUAUCCCCACGGGUCUACGCCCUCUGUCGCCCAGCGUGCUAUAUAUGCCUCUGCCAGCUGUUUUCAAACCAGUCUUCGGGUCCUACUUUGGCACGUCUCUUCUAGUGUACUCGGCCGCAAACGCGUCAAAUAGCGAAGCUCCCCCAGACAAGGAGGUUGAUGAUGAUGAGGCCGGCAGAGCUAGUGGGGGCCAGUGUGAUAUGCACAGUCGGUCGAGUAGCUCGAGCAGUGUUCGCUGCGGAUGCCAGUACUACCACAGCAACGACCCUCUUCCAGAACGGAGGUCUUUGGUCGGCAAACAACACGUCAUGGCCGACCACGAAUACGAACCCAUACAGGCACCAGCCCAGCGCGCAGCGAGCCAACCUGACGUCAGGAGCCCCCACGUCGAAGAGAGCAUUCAAAGAACUGAAAGGCUAACCUACCGCCCGGAAGAACCUCCGAAGCGCGAUGAGGAAGAUCGAUACGAAGUUGUGAAGCCGAAUCCGAUUGCUCAGCCAGAGGAGGUCAUCACCAUCCUUCAGACAGAAGGCGGCUAUGAAGCCAUCGAACAGCCGAAGAAGCACCCGAGGCGGUUCAUCAGGAUACCUAACGAGGACGCGGUCAUCAUACCGCUGCACGGUUCCUCAGACGAAGAGAUAAAUCCAGACAGAUAUAGGAACCCUGCUCUGAUGGUAAGUGAAGACGAACCGGAUACACCUGUGCGGACGAAAAUGCCGGCAAUACAAGUCCAUCCUCCAGAGUCGACUUCUGUGGAACUGCCUCCACAGUCGGAGAGCUUCCAGGGCAGGCUUAAGUCCCAAGCAGAUAAGUUUAGAACUAAGCUGAAGGGUAUAUCGAAACCAAAAAUUACGAUGCCACAAAGACCAAAGAUAAAGUUACCAGAACGACCAAACAUUAAAAUGCCUGAGAUGCCGAAAUUCAAGUUACCAGAAAGACCAAAGUUCAAUCUUCCAGAGCGGCCAAAGUUUCACUUUCCCGAGAGACCAAAGUUCCACCUUCCUGAACGGCCGAAAUUCCACAUGCCGGAAAAACCAAAGUUUUUAACCGAAAGACCUAAGUUCAAAUUUGGAUCAGAAAAGAAACCUAAAGCUGCCAAAGGUAAGAAACCAAACCCUAGCAGUCUUCGGAGACCAUUAAGAGAUGUGGUAACAAUUAGUUCACAAUCGACACCAGGAUCAACGCAGAAUAUUUUUGAAACUCUUAAAUUUCGUACAUAUCCAAGAUUUUUCAAGAAAAAAAAGAAAGAACAAUUGGAACAGAAGAUGAGCAGUUUCGAUACCGAGAGUUCUCCUUCAACGCCUCCACAACCACGCGUAAAGACUCAUGCACCACAUCAAGACACGGAGUGGGUAACGGCCUACAGAGGUUUACAGUAUGCCGAUGAAGAAGACGACGAAGACGUCGGUCCAAGGGGCGAGCGGAUACCAGAGUUUGCCACCAUGGAAAAGUAUUCUAAAAAUUCUCCUGAUGACUAUUUAGAAGAUAAUGCCAACAUAGAAGCUAGUGUAGCGAAAGCUGAAAGUAUGAACAGUGUCGUUUCGGAAAAGGGUAGUUCUGGUAGCUCUUCGAUGAGGAGGCGAGCUGGAGUCAUUGAAGAAAUAGACUCCGACGAAUUUUUUGUUAGGCAGAAAGGUCUAAGUCGAGAGGAUGUCGACGUGAGCAGGUACCUGUCGUUGGAAAUAAGGGACGCCUUCAGGCAACCGAAAAAUGCUCUGGCCAGCCUCGACAACGACUUAUACGAUGAGGACGAACCGGAGAUAAAAUUUUCUGAAAUUCCAAGAGCCCCUCAGAGGAAAAAAUCGAUAAAGUCUACCGGAUCUGAUCGAGAGAAGGAAUUCCAUACAUUCCCUAAGCGACCUUCCCGGCGGAAAGAAAGUGAUCCGGAAAAACCGCCUAGAAGAUUCAGGUCAAGAUCCGGAGGUAGGUUCAGGAAUCGGCAGUCAUCAAUGCCGAGUUUGGAACGAGAUCUGGAUGUGGAAGGAACACCAGAACCACCCCAAAGGAGGAAAAGUACAAAGAGCUUGAACAGGGAAGAAGCCAUAGAGAAAGAGGAAGAUAUCGUGCAAACUCGAAUAACUGCACGGAACUUAAGUUCAGAACUACCCCCUGUGGCACCACUAAGAAAAUCUCGUUCAAGAGGGACUUCACUAGCGGAUGAUGAUAGGACAUCCAGAGGAGCUGAUUCUGCAAUUCUCCCAGAUGAUGAUGUGGAAGAAAAUCUGACCCGGGAUGUAGAGAGAGUUCAUAUAAAUGUAGAUGAUGAAAUAAAAGUAGAAGAACCUUUAGAUGAAGAUAUUGAUCAAGAAGAUAUCCAUUACAGAGCAGAACCCAUAAGAGUAGAAGAAAGAACACUGAACGUACCUGAUACACAAACCGAUCUUCCUGGUUAUGCUGUUGUGAUAAAAGACAAAAAGAAGCCUCCAAGGCCACCACUUCCGCCAAGGGCUCACCAUUUUGAUUUCCAUAGUCAAAUAGACAACAUAAAAUCAACAGGAAAAAAUAUAUUUUUCACUUACCCAAGAAGAGCUAUUAAAUCAUUACAUAAAACACCAGUUCGCCCAUCAAGAAAUUACAGCACAUUAGGCCCAUUGAGGCCUCCUCGGAGAAAUAGGGUAUUUAGGCAACCUGUUUACAUGAAAGGAGAUACUACAGCACAGCAAGAUGAUGUCAUUGAAAAGGAAAGAGACCUACAAAGUGGUGAAGUUGUAAUGAGAAUGAAAGGAAGGCCUCUGCCACCACCUCCUCGUCCUCCUAGAAGAACCAAAGACUAUGACAUUCUUGCUGAAGUUGAGAAGAAUGAUAGUAUUCCAACUGAAACAGAAACAAUUAUUGGUGCAUUAGAGACAGAAAUUAAUAAAGAAGGCUAUGAAGGUAAAGAGAAAUUAAGCUAUCUGAAAUCUAAGAAAGAUGAGUUUUUCAAUUCACUUUCAAGAAUUAAACCAUCGAGAAAGCAAAAGAAAACUGAGGACUCUAAAGAAGAGCUUAUUCAAACUGGACCUGAAAGUUUUAUAACUACAAGUCAACAAACUUCAUUUGAUAUUGGAGAAGUUUCUGUUUCCAUACAAACAGAUCCUCUUCCCAAAGAUGUGAUAGUUAUAGAUCAAGAAAUAGAAGAGAUGCAGGAAAUAUUUAUAGUAGAUGAUAUACCAAUAAAGACUGAACAAGAAGAAGAGAAAUCAGAAAUAAAAAAUGUAACAUCUGUAGCUGAUGAUAGUACAGAAAACAAUACCCAAUUAAAAGAAAGUUUAGCUGACCAAGAAACAAAUAUUUUUCAACAUGCUUUAGAAAGAGUGGAAGCUGCACGAGGUGUACUUCAAGAAGCUAGGGAAAGAGUGAUACCAGGAAGUUUAUCAUUAAGAACAGAAGAAAGAAAGACAACACCAGAAGUCAAAGAAAGUAGUGUGAGGGUCAUACAGAAAGAAGCUCUUUCAACUUCUCCUAGAAGUGAGGAUUUAGAGAAAGAAGGGACCCCACCUCCACUCCCAACAAGGCCUUUGCAUACAAAGCCUGUUCCUGUAUCCUUUCCUGACAAGCUUCACCUUUCUGAAUUAGAAGUGGAGCGUCUUAACGUUUCAGAGCUUCAGGCCAGCAAAAUAAAAGUGUCAGAAAUAGAAACAGCAUCUUUAGAUGUCACUGACAUCAAUGCAAGGUCUGGAAACCUUACUCUCAGUGGUGUGGAAUUUCCUCCAGAUUUCAUAUCUAACAUAGUAGCACAAGUUGUGUCUCAGACUAAACAACAACAAGCUGCCUCACAGAAGUCCAGGGAAACCACUCCACUAAGACAAUCCAGAACGGUCCUUACACCACCUCCUUCAAUAUUUGUUCAAGCAACUGCUGAACCAGUUAAGCUUCCAGAACCAUCCAUUGCAGCAACAGAUGUUAGAGAACAUAUACCUCAACCAAGAACAACAAGAAGCAAGGGAAGGAGAUCACCUACAAGGGUAAUAGAUGAUUCGGAGGAUGAGCUAGCAUCAACAAUGCCUAUGAGAAGGAAAGAGCAGGAAAAAAAUGUAGAUGAGAAAGUCAUUCCAAAACCACAAGUUUCCAAAUUGGACACAUCUCCAGAAGUACCUAAAUAUGAUGAUCCAUCAGUACCGACAUUAGUUGAUGCAAAUUCAUUGCAAUUGAUGCGCCAGCUGUUCUCAAUAUGGCAAGAUUAUGUAACACGUGGAGCAAGCAGCUUUGUUGAAGGAGUCAAUUCUUUAUUUCCAGAAGGAGAAAAGAGGAGGGAUGCCCAAAUAGCAGCUGUCAUCCUACUUAUACUAAUAACAGGCCUUGUCCUCAUCGGAUAUGGUUUUGAUAAUUCAGUACAUCAUCAUCACUGGGAUUAUUUACCACCGCGUUAGUAAAGGUGGAAUCUGUACAUACAAUCUAAUUGGAAUUUAUUUUGCAACUACUUAUUUUUGUUUCGUUUUGUGGAACAGUUUAUGUAUGAAAGCUUGUGAAUAUAAGAUUUGUAAAUAAAAUAUUUAAUUAUAUUAUUUCAUUUUUUU